UUUUUUUUUUAGGAUACCAUACAAUCAAAGUCGUACGACAACGACCGAGGGUUGUAAAUUUUCCGAGAAGAAAAUUGGAUAUCACCAUCAAAAUGACUUCUUUCGACGUUGCUGAACUGAUAUCGGCAUUUUCAUCGAUUUCUUUACUUUGUCGAGAUAUGUGCAGGCGUUUUCCGAAAGAUCAGAUGGUCAUCCUAAAGUCCCAAGCAGUGGCUGAAAAAUAUGUGGCCGACUUGCAGAAUCCAGACACUCAAGGAAUUGUGAAAAAAGCUCUCAAAGAAUUUACUCAGAUCCUCCUUGACGUGAGUUUCUUGGAAGAAAAUCAGCUAGUAGAAGAUGAAUUUCCAAUUUCAGAUGGAAGGGCUAGAAUGACUAAAUUAAUGGAACUGUAUGCCAGACCUGUAGAUCUUGUGAAGAAGGUGUUUGGUGAUUUUUCACUUCCAAUGGACAUACUAGGUAAGGAUUAUGUGGAGUGUCUACACUGGAGGAAAGGCGCCCUGAUGUACAUGUACUGUAACACACUCUAUGAACAGACGGAAAGGGUCAGAGAUGAACUCACACAAUUCAUGCAGUGUUUAGAGGAAGGAGUUAGGCAUCUUGAAUCGAUGUUGGCUGUUCGACUUCCAACCAACAAGGUACAGAUUGAAUGUCAGGUCUUGACUGAAGAUACUCUAUCGCUUAUCAAACAAGGGCUAUUCUCCGAUACCCAUGUCCUGGCUUUGAUGUAUGCUGGUGAGAUGUGUUAUUGGCACCACACGCUACUCCAGCAGAAGAAACAGAAGGAAGCAGCCACCCUGUCAGUCAUGACCGGCGGACUCAACCACACGUCACAAGAGGACAUCAGCUCCAUUACAAAGUCAGCCUCCAGUUUGGAUAUAGCCGGGGACGACGUGUGGCAGGCCAGACAUCCUGGCAAUCGACACUCCAUCCACGUCUGCGAGGGCAUGCUACUCUUCGACAGCAAGGCGGUCGGGAAACGCAUGCUGCAGAGGUACGUGGAGGUGGUGAAAGGGCCGUUGCGGUUCGUCGGAUGGGACUGCGCGAGGGCGGAAGAGCUGUUGCGGCUUUUAGACGCUCAAGGCUGAACAGGGUUAAGAAGAGAUUAUAUCAUAGCUAGCAAAGUAGUUUACCUGGACACCAAUGGUUGUCUUGAUUAAUCAUUGGUCAUUCCUUUGAGAACGUCCUCCAAAUAGUUACCUUCAAUAUGCACCUAUUAAUAUUGGGGAGAACUAUUUCAUAGCUUGAUGUAUUGACCCUUGCCCGUAUACUGUAGUGUGUUGUUAACACUAUCUUGGUCAAUCGUGUUAUCAGAUACCGGUGGAGAUAGAUCACAUAAUGUCUGAAUGUUUCAUUAUCUUUAGUGGGGCACAUUGAUCAUUACCGGUUAGAUCUCAUGUCUACGCUUUGGAAAAAAACAGUCUCCAGGGACGACACCUAUCAUACUUUUCCAACAUACUUUUGGCAGUAGAGAACACCCCUUUUGACUUUCAGGUUUUUUAUGAAAACAAUUCAAAGUUUCAUCCCCGAGUCUGCAUAAUAUCUGAAGAACAUGUUACUGAUCACCACCAGUUAUAAUUGCAUACAAGCUCAGAUCAUGUAGUAUGUAGUGCAUAUAUUUGCAUUGUGAUGCAUGUCAAUGUGUUUCAUAUCGCAAGUGGUAAUAACGAUUGAAUGGCACGUUGUUGCAAUGCUGUUAUCGGUUAAUGUAUGAAUGACAUUACUGAUCAUCGGUCACUGGUGAUUGUUUAGUGCUAUCAAUCACAAGCAUUGAUAACAUAUCAAAUGGUUUAUUUCCAAUUGUUCUAAUGCCAAUUCGUCCAAUUACUGUCUCGUCUACUUCCAUUUUGUCUACUAUCCACUUGGUCUAAUUGCCAUUUUGUCCACUCAUCAUUUCGUCUAAUAACCAGUCGGUCUAAUAGCCAUUUAGUUCAUAUACCAUUUGGUCUAAUUGGAUAAGUGUUAAUUGGGCGAAAUUAAUUAAAAGAAAAUGGGUAUUGGACCAACGGGUUACGAGAUGAAAUGGUCGUAGACGAACUGGUGAUUAGACGUAGUGAUAAUUGGACCAAAUGGUUAUUGGCACAAAUGGCUUAAUGAAGGUACAUGUAGACCAUGUGAUGAGUGGACGAGUUGGCAAUAGACGAAUCGGCAGUUUACAGUAUCAAACUUCAUAUCUCAGUGUACAUUUACUAUGGAUUAGAUGAAUCAGUGAAAGUUGCUACACAGCCAGAAAUUCAGAUUAUUUUUUGACUCUCCGAUCCUCAAUGAUUCUUUAAUAUAAAUUAUUUUAUAUGCCCAUUCUAUUUCAUCUUUAGCUUAUCUAGCCCAAUGAGUACUGUGCAAUUGUUGUCUAUAUAUCUGACCAUGUGUUCCAGUCAAUAGAAUCUUCUUAUUAUUGUAUGCGAAGCACUAGAUGGUUAAUUCCCCAUUCUAUCUGGUAUAGCUCUAUCCACCCUUCCACUCUGAAAUCAGUUUGUAUAUUGCAACUUGAAUACGUUGUUUCACAAUUAUUUAUAUUUAUACAUGAUUCCAAAUCCAGUUAUACAUCCAUUGUUGUCUUUGGCGAAAAAAAAACCCUCUUUAAAUAUUUCUAUAAUUAUUAAUAUAUAAAUCAUUUAUUUGUGAAAUUUGUUUGAUAUAUUGUACUUGCGCAGGUUGGCUAUUGCCUGUUGUACCGCAACCUCCUAAAGCUCUAUAUUGUAUGAAUGCAUGUGUGUCACUCCAUUUACAUGUUCAUCAGGAAAAAAAGAUUGUUCAGGGGCUGAUGUAUUUUCCUUCUUCAAGGCAGUGUAACAAACAAAUAACUCGCUGAGUGUGCUGUGUCAAAUUGGCACCUAAAUAGAUUCAAGAUUCAUUUUAUUUUGCCAUAAUCAUUCAGAGUAUUUAAAAAAAAAUAUAUAAGAUGUAUAAUAUUCAUAAACAUAAUGCCAUUAUAUAAUCAAAAAAUCAAUAUGAAACAUGGUAAAGACCAAAAGAAAAGGUAGAUUACUUGCAUACUAAUUUAUUGAUCACUCUGACAGUAGGCAGUUUAUGCUCAUAGCAUUCAGGAAUUCAUUCCUACUUUUGCAACAUGUGUAUUUUUAGUGGCGAAUUGAAAUAUAGAGAUAAUUAUAUUAUCAAAUCUAAAAUGCAUCAUCUAUUUUUCUUAUUGUGACCAAUGUAUAGAUGUACCAGUGAAGUGUACGGUACAACUUCAAUUUUCAUAAUGGAUAAAAAAAUGUGAAAGCAGUUAUUCCCCUCCAUUAUGUGUAACGUUACAUGUACUGUAUGUGUGUGUUUGUGAAUCUAAUCACUUUUCAUUCAAUCAGAUAUGCAAAAAAAAAUAAUGUCAGUGGUCCUUUGGAGCAUAGUAGAGUGGAGGCCAAAUUUAAUUUGGAAUUCAUUCUAAAACGAUUGAUAGAAAUAUUUGUAAAGGUAAAUACAUGCAUUUUACUCCCUUAUAUCAUAAAAUACAAAAUACAUGUAUGUUUGUAUCAUAUUAUAAUCAACUCAACAAUGAAAAAAAAAAAGUUUUGUACCAGUGAUAGUGCCAAAGGAGAAUCGCCUUUUGUGUACAAUACAUAUAUACAGUGUUUGCCCAAAUUGAUGUUGUCUGUACAUGUAACAUAAUGAGUAUCAAUAAGCACCGUUUCAUAUGUGACUUCAAUGUUUAUUGUGAAGGGGUCAUAUUCCAUUUGCCAAAGCAACCCCAUUUUUAAAAAGCACAGUUUCCAGUAAAGAAUCCUUUGGAGCGUUUCAUGAAACAAGUAGGUGGUUUUUACAGACUGUUAUAAAAUUCUGUGAAUCCUUGCAUAUAAUAGGCAGACAUGUUACUAUAGUCACUGACAACACUUCAUGAAACUCUCCUUUGGUUCUGAAAAUUGUUGUCAUCAUCAAGUGCAUGUAGCUUUUCAUUUGCUGAAAAGUUUUAUGAAAUUGUACUCUGCUUUUGUUUUGGAGGAGGGCUCAUAUAGGCCUGCAAUCUGAAGACCAGGGGCCCGUUUUAUAAAGGACUUACAACAGUUGUAACUUUGUCAUUAUGGCAACUAUCAUGGUAACAGGGCUCAGCAGCCAAUCAAAAUCAAGGUUACCAUGGUAGUUGCCAUAAUGGAAAGGUUACAACAGUUGUAACUCAUUAUGAAACGGGUCCCAGUUCAACUUUAUAGACCGUGGUCUAUAAGUGUGUUGAAAUCUUGGGAAGCUCAAAAUCUCACCAAAAAAAAUCACAAUAUUUGCCUAUUGCUCAUGUUUACCAUUUUCUUUCUCAUGCUUUUAUGGCAAAGAGAACUUUUAGUCAUUAUUACUAUGAAGGUAGUUGUGAAAUGAUUGAGCACCAAAGUGAACCUCUUAACAGGUACUCUUACAAUUGGCCACCUCAUUAAUUAUUGAAACUUAGAGGUAAACAAUUAUGGGCCAAUGGGUAGUGAUUCUGGUGGGUGUUUCAUAAAGCUGAUCGUAAUUUAAGAGACUUUAAGAAAGACUGGUAAGCCUUUCUAAGCCUUUCUUACACGCUAAUUCACCAUUCACCAAUUUAAUGGUGAAUAUCAUUCACCACAAGAAAGGAUAACCCAGUUGUUGUUAAAGUCGCUCUUAACUUACGAACAGCUUUAUGAAACGGCCCCAAGAUAUCCUUGAUUACAUGUAAACUCAUCCACAAUUUUACAUGUAAGUCUAUUGCCAUUGUAAUACCUGUAUGUAUAUUAUCUCAGUCCUUCAAUGGAUAUUGUGAAAAAUUACAAUGAAAUGGCCAACGAUUAACUUGAAACAGAAAUCUUGUGUCAAUGUUGAAAAAAAUUAUUUACAUACUGUGUAAACUGAGAUAAAAACUAUUUUGAAUUUAUAGCCAAAAUUUGUAUUAUAAACAUUGAUAUAUGUGACCUUUUGUGAUUAUCCCCUGUGGCAUGUUGAAUGUAUUGUAAAAUGAACUGUAAAUGUGAAGAAUGAAAACACUAUUAAUGUAAUUGUAAGUAAACAAUGUUGUGGUCUGGAUAAAAUGUACAUGGAUUGUAUGCUCAGUUUAUAAUGUUUACACACUGCCCUGGCUGGUGGAUUUAUGCUGCGUCACGUACACACUGCACAAGCUCGUGGGGCAAAAACAAGGAUCAGUGGAUAAAAUUUACAUCAUGAAAUGCGUGCUAAUUGCUGGGGCGGACUUGACUUUGUGUUCACACGGAGAAAAAUUACCGUGUCUGCUCCGGCUCGUGGGUCUGAUCUCACUAUUUUGGCGGAGCAAAAUUGCUGUGUCUGCCCUGCAAGCCACCCGGCAAGGUAAUCGCAUUUUACACGCACAAAAUGAGGCGAGUCUGCCCUUGCUCGCCAGCCAGACCCGCCAGCCGGGCAGCGUUUAAACAGAGCUAAAUGAAUACAUGCAUGACCUUUGCUUGAUGCAUUUAUUAUAAAGGAAACAUUUGUAGUUCUGCCAAAUUCAAUCAUGAAAAUGAAACUACAUUUGUGUACACUGUAUUCAUUCUUAAUUAUUAACAUAUUUUCAUAGCCUGAUUACCCAUGACAAUGGGUAACUUUUUUACUUUUUUUAUUUCAACUUUUUAAAAUAAGUUUUCUUAUUGAUUCAUGUUUCUUGAAUGCAUGUAAUGAAAGCCUGAACAUUCAUUAUCCCUAUGCAAUUUGUUUUACUCUUAAU